AUGCUACCGUUAUACCUGCUUACCAAUGCUAAGGGACAGCGCAUGUCCAUUGAACUGAAAAAUGGGGAGAUUAUUGAAGGUGAACUUAACAACGUUGAUAAUUGGAUGAACUUGACCCUGAUUAAUGUCACUGAACACAAAACGAGAGAUUUCGGGGAAAUUUCUGCAGGGAAACAAGUUGAAAUGAUCAAAUUGCAGGAAAUUUACUUGAAAGGGAUUUAUAUCAAAUACAUCAGACUACAAGAUGAUAUCAUUGACAACCUGAGACAAAAGAUCAAUAGUGGUAACAGGGAUGGUAACAACAAGAGUUUCAGAAACAACAAGUACAACAACAACAACAACGGCAGCGGCAACAGAGGCUACGGUGGGAAUAGAAGGAACUACAACAACAGUAACAGCGGUAAUAAUGUGAAAAACUCCGGCAACAGAAGAAAUUAUAACAACCGCCGUCCCUACCAGGGCAAACCAAACAGCAACAACCAACAGCAUGGGCCUCCAAGCUCCAACGGAAUGGGCGGAUAUGUUCAUUAUGAAAAUGACGCUGCUCCUGUAGAAUUUUAA